AUAUCAUGACCGUUACAUUAGGAAUUAGAGCCGCGCACCUUAUCGAUUUUGCAUUCUUAACACUAGAAGAAUCUAAAAUUCUUUUAUCUUCUUUUCAAAAAUUAUUACUUACGAAACUUGAAAAUGAUUUAAUCAAUAAGUUUAAAGGCAGUGUGUUUAUUGAUGUCUCAUGGAAUUGCAAAGAAAGUGGCUGUAGGGAGCCAAAAAUGAUUAACACUCCACCUUCAUUUAAGAAAUUUUUGGAAACACAUGUUAGACCUUUUUUCUUAGAAUGGUCGGACAUUCAUUCAUCAUCUUUAACGACGAAAUCGUCAGUUCUCUUUGUUCCUACGACUCCAACUUGUAUAGUAACAUUCGCCGGCUGGAUACUCGAAUAUCCCGCGGUUUAUGUCCUUGAUUCCACUCUUGAUAGUGAAAUUGAUAUUUUCGAUGCACGAACGAUGAAAAAUUGUCUCGGAAGUCAAAACCUGAAAUUGUAUCGUGCAUUCCUGGAGAAUAUUGAUGCUAACAAUAGUAAUGGUAGCAUGUGUGAUGAACCACCUGGACACACAUUAUUAAGCUUUAGCAUUCCUUCCAAUAUCUGGCACAAUCUCCAACAGGAAAAUGAUCAAGUUGGACAAAAUAAUGAUAAGAUAACUGUAAUUUUAAAAAACAUUUUCGACCCGAGAAUUAAAAAUCAAACAGAUUGGAAUUUAGGAUUUAGGGUUGAAAUUAAUGAUAUUUGUUUGCCUGUUGUUGCUUUGUAA